AUGACGGUAUCGGAAAGCAUAAUACCCCCAAAGAUCUCCAGUAAAGAGCAAGCACAAAAAUUAAUCGACGAACAUGAUAAUUUUUUGUUCGAUUGUGAUGGAGUGAUUUGGUUAGAUGAGAAAUUAAUUCCGGGAGUCCUCAGCACCAUCGAGUAUUUACAGUCCAAAAAUAAGAGAUAUGUAUUCGUUACAAACAACUCAUCUAAAUCGCGUCAGAAUUAUGUUGAGAAGUUUCAAAGAUUAGGGUUUAAGGGUAUUACCAAGGAUAUGAUAUAUCCUACAUGCUACGCCGCAACCUUCAAUUUGAAAGAACAUUUGAAAGUGCCGGAAGGCUCUAAAAUCUGGGUAUUGGGUGACAGUGGUAUUGAAGAUGAGUUACGAGAGGCCAAUUACAUUCCGGUUGGAGGUACGGAUGACCGUCUUAAUGCACCUUUUGACCCUCAUCACGAGUUACUAAAAGUUGAUCCAGACGUUAAGGCAGUCGUAGUAGGCUCUACAAAAGACUUUAAUUAUAUGAGAAUUGCCCUGACUCUCCAAUACUUGCUUCACGAUAACAAGUCUAUACCAUUUAUAGGUGCAAAUAUCGACAGGUCUUAUCCAUCUGACGGUUUGAUCCUCCCUGCUGGUGGAAGUGUUGUUAACUACAUGCAAUACACGGCCGACAGAGAUUUUAUCAAUGUAGGGAAACCUAGCACUACCUUGUUGGAUGUUAUAUUAGAGCACAGUAGGUUUGAUAAAGAAAAGACUAUUAUGGUAGGCGAUACGCUAUACACUGAUAUCAAAUUUGGUAAUGAUGGUCAACUCGCAAAUUCCCUAUUAGUUUUCAGUGGAGGUACAACGAAACAAUAUUUUGAUCAUUUCUUAACCACCUCGUACAAGCAGGAGGAAACCAAAAGUAUGAUUCCACUGUGUUACAUAGAAUCAUUUGGUGAUAUUAUAGAUUUAAUAAAUUAG